GAUCAUUGGAUGCAUGAUGAUCGACUGGUAUAUAAAGAUGGUCCGAAAUUCGGACCAAAAUCAUUCGACUUUCGACAACAAACAAACCUACAAACUUACAAACUUGAAACACUCUCUCUUCUUCAAAACUUUUAAAACUAUUGAAACAUUCAAUGAUUAUGGAAUCAUUAUUUAUACGACUUUUAUUUGGACUUUGUCCAUUGAUUAUAAUGGUCACUGGUGCUGGUGCUGAUUCAAUUCAAAUGAAUCCUAUUGUAUCGACAACAUCUGGUCGUUUGAUUGGACAGAAAACUUUAAUUCAUAAUGGCGAUGGUGAAAUUUAUCAAUUUUUCGGUAUACCAUAUGCACAACCACCAAUUGGUGAGAAUCGAUUUGAAAAACCAAAAGAAUUAUCAACAAAUUCCAGUGAACAAUUAUUAUUGGCCAAACAAUUGAAACCAACCUGUAUGCAAAUGAAACAUUUGGCUAAAACAAUUAAUCCAUUACUUGAUUUGGAUGAAAUUCAUAAUAUUUCCGAAGAUUGUCUUUACCUGAAUAUCUAUGUACCGAUUGUUGAACAAAAAGAUUUACCAUUACCAGUAAUGGUAUGGAUACCAGGUGAAGGUUAUGAUUUUGCUGAUGCAAGACAAUUUGAUGGUAGUUAUUUAGCAUCGAUUGGUAAAGUUAUUGUCAUCACUGUACAAUAUCGUGUUGGUGUAUUUGGUUUUCUAAAAAAUAAUGCCGGUAUUUGGGAUCAAUUAAUGGCAUUGAAAUGGAUCAAACAAAAUAUUGGUGAAUUUGGUGGUAAUGUUAACGAUAUAACUGUGUUUGGAAGAUUUUCUGGUUCAAUGUCAAUUUCAAUAUUAUUAAGUUCAAAAUAUGUUAUCGAACAACAACAAUCAUCAUUAUUUAAUCGUGCAAUUUUAAUGAGCGGUAUUGCUGUUGGUAAUUGGGUUUUCGACAAUAAACAUGAUGAUAAAAUUGAACAAUUUUUAUCCAAUCAAGGUUGUAAUAAUAUUGAUUGUAUGAAAAUAAUAUCAGCAAAACAAAUUUUGGAUACAAGUGGUUAUGGUUGGAAACCAUUUAUUGAUACAGAUCUGAUUGAAGAUAAACCAUUGGAUGCUGUACGAAAAGGAAAAUUCGCUAAAAAUAUUCAAAGUAUAAUGUUAGGAACGAAUCAAUUCGAAGGAAAUCUUUGCCUAAUCAAACAUUUAGCCAUGGAUGAAUCAUUUUAUGGAAAACUUAUUCAAAACAAUAUUAGCCAACAGGAAUUUGAACGAAUUAUUCAUGAAGAUUUACAAAUGUUUUAUGGUGAUGAUUAUCAUGUUAAUAAUUAUCGAGCCAAUGUAAUCAAUAAUCGUGAUAAUUAUGUAAAAUUUUGUUCAGAAUUAUUAAUCGAUUCACAUAUGCAAGAAUAUCAAAAUAUUUUACAACAACGUAUUUAUUAUGAUAAAAAUUAUCGUUUAAGAAAUAUUUAUCGUUAUAAAGUUGAUUAUAAACCAUCAUUUUCAAUUGCACCGGAAUUCAUUAAUUCAUCCAUUCAUGGUGAUGAUGUUCUGUUGGCAUUUGGUUUGGCAUUUAAAAAUCCAUACAUAUCAAAUGAAAAUGAUCAACAAAUAUCGAAACAAAUGAUUGAAUUAUUUUCUGAAUUUGCUCGAAAUGGUCAACCAAAAUCCAUAACAAAUAAUGGUUUUAUUGAAAUUAAAUCGGAAUCAAAAUUUGAUAACCAUAAUUGUCAACAAUGGAAACAAUUGAAAGAAAAUCCAAUCCUUGCAUUAACAUUCAUUUCAUUGGCAAUUAUUUUUAUUUGUAUGUUAAUUUUUGCCUGUCAAACAUUAAUCAAACAACAAUUUCCAUUCAACAAACAACAAACAUGUCAACAAAUGAAACAUUUACUUCAACAACAACAACAAUGCUAAAUGUCAAAUGUCAAAUGUCAAAUGUCAAAUGUCAAUCUUUUUUUCCAUUCUUUAUCCUUCUUUUUGGCUUGAUCUGAAUACUUUCAUUUUUGUACAUAUCAAAUUCAAACAUAAUAAUUUUUUGAUAUCCAGUUUAAUCAUGAUGAUGAUUUUAAAAAAACAAUUUGU